CUGAUGAAGCCAGACUGAUGCAAGGUUGCAUUCACGCUGCAGAAUAGACUGUGUCGGCUGGUGCUUCGUUUUGCUUCCAUUUUUCUCGAUACAAAGUUAUUUUUUACCCUUCCGCGGACAGACGUAGCCCUCACGCUGACAUGGCGACAGAGGUAACUAAAGGUGUGGAAAAAGUAUCAGUAGGUGAGCUGUAUGUGUCGGACAAAUGUGGAAGUGACCAGGAUGGGGACGGCACCACGCAGAAGCCCUUCAAAACGCCUCUCAAGGCUCUGUUGUUUGCUGGAAACGAGCCGUUCCCGACCAUCUACGUGGAAUCUCAGAAGGAGGGAGAGCGUUGGGCGGUGAUCUCUAAGACACAGAUGAAGAACGCACAAAAAGCCUUUAACCGAGAGCAGGCGAAGUGUGAUGGCAAGGAAACAAAGGAGGCGGAGGACACCGAGAGGAGAGAGAAGAACCUAGAAGAAGCCAAGAAGAUCAAAAUUGAGAAGGACACCAGCCUGCCUGAGCCUACCACGGUUAAAAUCCGUCAUCUGGAGGACAGAAGAGGGCAGAGGGUCAAAGUGUUUGGAUGGGUCCAUCGCCUCAGGAGACAAGGGAAGAACCUGAUGUUCAUUGUGCUGAGAGAUGGAAGUGGUUUCCUGCAGUGCGUCCUGUCUGAUAAACUGUGCCAGUGCUACAACGGCUUGGUGUUGUCCACAGAGAGCACCGUGGCUCUGUACGGGACCGUCACUCCGGUUCCUGAGGGCAAACAGGCGCCGGGAGGCCACGAGCUGCUCUGUGACUUCUGGGAGCUGAUUGGCUUAGCUCCGGCAGGCGGCGCCGACAACCUGCUGAACGAGGAGUCGGACGUGGACGUCCAGCUGAACAACCGACACAUGCUGAUCCGAGGAGAGAACGUCUCCAAGGUCCUCCGCGUCCGGUCCGCCGUCACGCAGUGCUUCAGGGAUCACUUCUUCAGCAGCGGAUACUGCGAGAUCACUCCCCCCACCUUGGUGCAGACGCAGGUGGAGGGCGGCUCCACGCUCUUCAACCUCGACUACUUUGGCGAGCAGGCGUUCCUGACGCAGUCCUCUCAGCUCUACCUUGAGACCUGCAUCCCCGCUCUGGGAGACACCUUCUGCAUCGCCCAGUCCUACCGGGCCGAGCAGUCGCGCACCCGCAGACACCUGUCCGAGUACACUCACAUCGAGGCCGAGUGUCCCUUCAUGACGUUUGAGGAUCUGCUGACCCGACUGGAGGAGCUGGUGUGUGACGUGGUGGACCGGGUGCUCAAAUCCCCCGCCGCGCCGCUGCUCUACGACAUCAACCCCAACUUCAAACCCCCCAAGAGGCCGUUUAAGCGGAUGAACUACACCGAAGCCAUCGAGUGGCUCAGAGAGCACGACGUCAAGAAGGACGACGGCACCUACUACGAGUUUGGAGAGGACAUCCCCGAGGCUCCAGAGAGGCUGAUGACAGACGCCAUCAACGAGACCAUCCUGCUCUGUCGCUUCCCGGCUGAGAUCAAAUCCUUCUACAUGCAGCGCUGCCCCGAGGACCAGCGCCUCACCGAGUCGGUGGACGUGUUGAUGCCAAAUGUGGGCGAGAUCGUCGGGGGCUCAAUGCGUAUCUGGGACUCUGAGGAGCUGCUGGCGGGCUACAAGAGGGAGGAAAUCGACCCGACCCCGUACUACUGGUACACCGACCAGAGGAAGUACGGCACGUGUCCUCACGGCGGCUACGGUCUGGGCCUGGAGCGCUUCCUCACCUGGCUGCUGAACAGACAUCACAUCAGAGACGUCUGCCUGUACCCACGCUUCAUCCAGCGAUGCCGGCCCUGAUCACGCACACACACACACACACGCACGCACGCACGCACACUUUCUGUUGGUGCAUCUGUACCUUGGCAUGUGGCCAUCAAAUGUGUCACUACAAUAUUGAAUCAGACCUAAAGGAUAUAUUACAUUACAUGUCAUUUAGCUGACGCUUUUAUCCAAAGCGACGUACAAUAAGUGCAUUUCCACAUAGAGAUACAAACUCAGAAAACAAGUAACAAGAAAGUACAUUUUUCAUCAAAUUAGCAGUUACAAAACAUGUUAUAGAAAAGUGCCAUUAUAAGUACAAUUUAAGGGUUAUCAUUUGUGCUACGGUUUGCUAGUGUUUUAGUCAAGGUAGAGUCUAAAGAGGUGUGUCUUGAGUUUUGGACGGAAGAUGUAGAGGCUCUCUGCGGUCCUGAUGUCAUCAGAGAGCUCAUUCCACCAUCUGGGAGCCAGGACAGCAAAGAGUCGCGAUCUCACCGAGUGCUUUUCUCUCAGUGAGGGAGGAACAAGCCGCUUGGCAGAUGCAGAUCGGAGUGUGCGGGUUGGGAUGUAGGGUUUCACCAUGUACUUACUAUAUUCUUUCCCUUUCUGGCUGUGCUUUUUCCCAAUAAACCUUGUUGUGUUGAAGA